CUUUGAUAAUCUAGAGUUGCAGGAAAGUAGAAAUCGACCAUCAUAUUUUAUUAGCAAUGAUGUUCAAACCAUGCACAGCUACGACCGUAUAUGACUUCGUACACAUCGAUUGUGGAGGGGGAGUCGUUAGCGUGGCAUCUAGUAGAUAGUAUUCGUAUCUAUGGAGCAUUUGAGGUACUUUCAUCUAGUGCAGUCACACUCGUGGAUGUGCCUGGUUUUGGAGAUGCAAACAAAGCGAGAACCAAGCGGACUGAGGAAUGCCUCAAAACUGCUGAAGUUGUUAUAUUAGUGGCAGACAUCAAGCGGGCAGCUGAUGACCAGGCGAUGCGCGACUACUUUAUGAAGUUUUUACGCCAAAUGAUUCGUAUAGACGGAAGCAUGGAGUCACUUAUGAUUGUGCUCACUGGCGCGGAUGUGCGAAUCGACGAGGACCAGCUGCAUCAUCUUGAUUCAACACAACGCCACAAAAUCCAGCAAAUGUGUCAGGAGAUUGACCGACUUAGUGACAACCUAGAAGAGCAACAAAUACAGGCAGAGAUGCUCCAUACUGAGCUCGACAAUAAUCGAAGGGACAAUACAGUGGCACCAUUGUCAGAAAUCGCGCAGCGCAUGCAGUGCAACACAGUGAUGAAAGAUCAGACAUACAAACAACUGCGAUUAACAAUCGCAGCCAAAGAUGCGUAUGUUGCACAUCAACGUUCUUCUCAUGUACGAAAUAUCUUUCUGCAUCUUUACCAUUGCGUGUACCGCAAUAUUAUUCAGAACUCCACCCAUGAACCCCCUCCACUACCCCUGUUUUGUAUUGGAAGCAUGGAUUUCAAUCAACUUAUGGGGGUGAAUAGACGUCACAGAGCCCCUUUGGUUUUUACCACUCCUGAAGAUACUGGUAUCCCAAAAUUGCGUCAACACAUUCAUGAUUUUGGUUGCAGGAAUGCACUUUCCGAUAUCAAGGCAUGCGUGCAUAGCUCCACCUUGCUAUGGGAAGAAAUCGAGAGCUUCUUCCUUUCUGCAAGACAAGAUUUGAGGCUCAUGGCCUAUGAGAAUGUGGCAAGAGGCUUGGCAGAAGGCCUCAAAGAUACUGUUGACGAGAUUCGCAAGGAUUCAGGAGGCAAGAUGGACAAUAUUAUCAAUGAGCUGGAGAAUGCUCUCAAAAUUCAAGCGGAGCAGGCAGCCAAGCGCAGUAUCAAGACUAUCAAGACACUCGGAGAAGACUACAGAUGGCACAGCUACCGUGCACUCAUGCGCCGAGAGGGUGAAUGGGGAUCCGUAGAUCUCAAUGAAAACCUUGUGCAGGGAAUGUUGGACGGCGCUGUAUCAAGCUUUUUCACUGACUUUAUCCGGUCCAAACUACAGUCGCUCGCUGCGGCAAUAUCAAAUAAGGCGGAUACGGCCAUCCUAUCAAUUAAAAACCGAGCCCAACGAAUGGCAACGAUUGCACCACGUAUCAACAAUGCAUGCAAGCUUAUUCAUCCUUCGGACAUGAUAAAACCUGCAAGAGAGACAUAUUUGUCAGCCAUUUUAGCGAUGCAAAAAGAGUUCUGUGGAACAUUCAAGGGCCUGCUUCGUGAGGAGCUGGAGGACAAUUACCAUGCCAUGGCAAGUGAGUCUGGUCCGGGAAUGUUCCAACGCAUGAAGGAUCGAAAUGAGAAGCAGUUCAGUCAAAGAAAUGCUCAGGAGCUAUAUUCCAGACUUGUCGAUCAGGCCAUGACAGCAAUCCGCAUGGCGCGGAACAAGGGUGAGACAGCGCUUGACGAGGCACUGGGCCGAUUGUAUUCGAGCAUUGAUCGCUCUCUUGUUUGCAUGCAGGGAAACGAUCAAAUAUGCAAAGUCAAACGGAGAAAUAUGCAAAGAUUUCUUGAAGAAGAGUGCAGCAGGCCACUCGCACAGGUGAUGACCAUCACCGGUCAGGAUAUGCCAAGUGUUACACUGAAAUUUGGAACUCGCACAAUGCGCUCCAUAACUCCUCAAGAUCUCCACCAAUGUACUAUUAUAUUUCUUCAUUUGUAAGGUCAUAUGCAAAACAUGUUCCGCUAACUAGAAUAAAGAUUCUCU